AUGGGUAAGGUUCACGGAUCACUGGCGCGUGCGGGUAAGGUCAAGGCACAAACCCCGAAAGUGGCGAAGCAGGAGAAACCUAAAAAGCCCCGCGGAAGAGCGAACCUGAGAGCAAAGUACAACCGCCGUUUUGUGAACGUCGCCACGGGGCCAGGGAGGAAGCGUGGUCCCAACGCCCAGACGCUUUGA